AUGGCCCCCUCGCAGACCAUGACAGCAUCCACGGCAUCCGCAGCGUCGGCCAUCACCCUCACCACCAUUCCUGUCGAGAUUUUGCGCAUGAUCUUUGUCGAAUUCUCAUGGUACCACAACAAGCAGGCAGACUCUGCAAACCAUAAAGCACUAUGUUGCCGGUCUCUGUUGGCUCUGUCAAAGACGUGCCGACGCCUCUGUGCGGUGGCUCAGCCCUUCUUGUAUUACGACCCAGCACGCAUCUGUCUCUAUGGUAACUUGCUCGGGACCUCCAGACGGUUUCUUCUUCUGCGGACUCUGGUGGACCGCCCAGAUCUCGCGGCCUGUGUACGACGCCUUGGCCCAAUGGCGCGUGAGAGAUGUGGCUUUGAGGAGGAAGAGCUUCGGUUCUGCAAAGCAACCGCUCGCCGUUUGGGAUUGACUCUACCAAAUGAUCCGGACUGGAACUGUCUCGACGGCCAGACAACGCGGUCGCAGGCAUCCAGUUUCUACAGCCAAUUGUUUCUGGCCCUCGCGCCAAACGUCAAAACAUUCGUCCUCGAACUCCUAGGCACGGAUCUGGCCGAGGGGGAUUUUCAGACCUCCUUCUUUGUCUUGACCGAGCGCCUGACAUCGCUGCACGAGGCUGCCUUGCUUCCAAGACUUGGGCAAGUCCAAAUCUGCACCAACACCUAUGGGAUGCUCGGUCAGGAAUCACCCGCAACCCUUGCCCUGCCGAGAAUUGCCCCUUUUAUGACACAGUUACGCAUUCAGGCGGUCGUGGGUAGCGCUGGCGAUGACAUUGGCCUGGAUGGCGAGGCCAAGUGCGGGCUUCCCAUGGUGCCGAAUCUACGCGUUCUGGAGCUCGCCAAAGGUGGCUUCGAAGACACCCAGUUUCCGUACCUCCUUAAGCUGAUCACCAGGUGCCCAACUCUGGAGCGGUUUCGCUUCAGCGCCGAUGGUUUUAUCAACGAAUUCGGUACCGAGCAUCUCACUCCUCGUUCUUUCUUGGAUGCUCUACAGCACGUCCGCAAGACGCUGCGACAUCUGCACCUCGACUUCAACGACGCAAGCUUCGACUUGGACGAGCACCAAGAAUUUGGAGCCCUGCUCCCGACAUUCGACCGCUUAGAAACAUUGAAGCUGGACGUCGCGGCGUUCGUCUUUGACGACAUGGACGGGGAAUCGCUCCAGGACAAUGCAGCUUGCUUGACGGAUAUUCUUCCGAAUAGCAUACGCCACCUGCGCUUGAUGAUCAAUCACCUGGAGCACUCCAAUCUCUGGGUACAGAUCCUGGAUCUUGCCAAGGCUGCUGGCGCCGGAAAAUUCCCCGAACUAAGUCAGGUAGAGCUGUGCGCCUCAUCGUCCGGCGAGCGCAUGUUCACGGACGAAGCAUUUGUCAAGAUCAAAGGGUGGACAAGGAAGCAGGUAACCGAUGUUAGAACUGAGCUUGCGAAAGCUGCGGUUACGUUCACUUGUAUGACUGGGGAGGAGUACUACGACGAGGAAAUGCCAUGUCUGGUUACGGAUUAA